UGGUGACUUAAACUAUGGCUUCAUCAAGCAAGUCUACUACCUUUGGCCAACUUGUAAUUGGACCUCCAGGCAGUGGGAAAACAACUUACAGUAAGGCCAUGAGUACAUUUUUAGAGUCUAUUGGAAGGAAAGUUAUUGUAGUGAAUGUUGACCCUGCAAACGAUGACCUUUGCUAUAAGGCAGCCAUUGAUGUGUCAGAGCUCAUUACUGUUCAAGAUGCCAUGCUCCAUAUGCAUUUGGGACCAAAUGGUGGUUUAGUUUACUCAAUGGAAUAUCUUUUGCAAAACAUAGAUUGGUUCUUGCAAAAACUUGCCAAGUAUCGUGACCAUUAUGUAAUAUUUGAUUUCCCUGGCCAGGUGGAGCUGUACACUCACCAUGAAUCUAUCAGAAAUUUGAUAUCCCAUUUGGAGAGUGCUGGCUUUAGAUUGUGUGCUGUACAUCUAGUAGACUCUCAUUACUGUAGUGAUCCUGGAAAAUUUAUUUCUACCCUGCUCUUAUCACUCACUGCAAUGCUUCACUUAGGAUUGCCACAUGUGAAUUUGCUUUCUAAGAUGGAUGUUAUGCAUCAAUAUAAAGACCGACUCCUUUUUGGUAUUGACUUUUAUACAGAUGUUCUUGACCUCCAAUAUUUGUUGGAAGCUCUAGAUGAAGACCCCUUUUCCAAGAAGUACAGGAAGCUAAAUGCAGCCCUUGUGUCACUUGUUGAAGACUUCAGCUUAGUGACAUUUCUUCCUUUAAAUUCUAAAGACCAGAAGAGUCUGUUGAAAGUUAGGAGUGCUGUGGAUAAGGCAAGUGGUUGGGUGUAUGGUCAAGGAGAAGAACGGAGUGUCCAGCAGUUAUUGGCCUGUGCUGUUGGUGCUGAGACAGAGCAAGAAAGAAUUGGUGAUCUAAAAGACUCUUUGAUGGACACUGAUGAUGGGGAUAAUCGUUAGAGUUAUGGAUUGCCGUCAGGAGAUAUAAUUGUAUAAGAUAAAAAUAAAGUACUUGUGAAAUCAA